CAUCAAUAUAUUUCCCCCCCUCGAAAAUCUCCGAGUCAGCCUUCGUUCGCGUCCGUACCAAUUUGCUGGGUGAUCCGACCGACCUUCUAAGUUUCCUGUUCAGGACGUUCAUUAAACUCCUCUCGGCAGAAAGGGGCGCUUGAAACGUCCGGUCCUCAGAAUCUUCCCCGCCUAAGAACCGCCCUUGACAAACAACCCAACAUUCUUUCCCGUCGCCAUCGCAUUAACCUACCCUCGUCAACUAUCCUGUCGUCACCGGCCCUGGAUUAGCUGCGCCUGUUGUCGACUGUAUCACGGUUCAUAAAGUCGAAUUCUUUACGCGAACCUGACCCCUACAGGUCACCGCGGCCAUUUUGACGCCUUUUCGGGAAGUUGACUGGGAAAUAGGAUCUCAAUCUACCACAGUGGUCUAAAAGGGUUACGCCGGUCGUCCCUCUUUCCUUCGCUCAACUACUAGCACAACAACCAUACUGUCUGGAGCAGGUGUCCAGAUACUGAUACCCCUUGCAAUUGUUUCCUGACACUUCUACAUCUACAACUACAACAUGAAAUCAUUCACGCUCAAGUCGGCUCUUGCAGCCUCCACCCUUCUGAUUGCAGCCAACUUGCCAGCAGUGAUCGCACAGACACAAGUCGACAAGGGAUGCUAUAGUGAUUCGACGCCGUUGAAGGAUCAGGGUCCUUAUACGUACCAAAGUAACGGAUAUUGCCAGAAGCUAUGCUUGAAGGAUAACUAUGCUGUUUUUGCCUUGUCGAAGGGCACAAACUGUCUUUGCGGUAACCAAUUACCAGCAACAUCGGCUAAGACAAGUGACGGCGACUGCAAUGUCAAAUGUGCUGGAUGGCCUGAUGUUAUGUGCGGUGGUAAUAAUGCGUUUUCCGUCUAUCUCACUGGUAUCGAAGAUAAUGUGGAUAAUUACUCAUCCUCGUCUUCCUCCUCCUCGAGCUCUUCCUCUAGCACCGAGAGUGGAGCCUCGACAACGACCAAUGGAGGGACUGUCGUUACUACUACUGGUGGACAAACAGUGAUCAAGACGGCGGAUAGCGAAAAGACAACGCAGGGUGCCGAGCAAAAGGAGAAGAAGUCUGGAUCGAAUACUGCUGCCAUCGCCGCUGGCGUCGUCGUGGGAGUUGUUGGUUUCUGUGCUUUGGUGGGGGCUAUCUUCUUUCUAUGGCGGUUUAAGAACCGUUCCAACAUGCCCGAACAGUAUCGAAACAACAACAUUGACAGCUUUGGCGCCAAACCCAUGUCCCAAAGCUCCAUGUCUGAUUCUAGGUUCGACGGUGACUUCAUGGCAAAGCGGCGUCAGAGCAAUGGCAGCAUCGAUGAUGAUCAAGACUUUUCCCGUCGAAUUUUGCAGGUGACCAAUCCCGAUCGCCGCUACUAAAUUCAGGAACUCUGAACCUCCCAAAUGGACCAUGUCCCUUGUGAAUCAUCGAACAACAGCCUUGGCUACUAGUCCUACUCGUUAUCCUGAUAUACAUAAAUUAGUUUGCGAUUUUUACGCUUGAGCUUUAUACAUUCCUUCGAUUUCAUUCCUGAUUUCCCCUCUACCGCGAUCUAUUUGGCGACCUUGCGAUAUCCUGAGGCAUAUUCUGUAGAUAAGUUAUGACGUUUUACUGUCUACUUUUGUUUGCAACAUGUUGUUCGAGUCUAGAACCGCAACGCAUCCCUACUUCCAUAAUCCCGCAACGCCCCGUGACGCGCUCGGGAAGUCAAGAACGAUAUCACCAUCGCAGGCCGCGAAGCAAAAUGCUCUCUCUGCUUGGAAGGAAUCGGCCCGGACUUGGCCUUAUGAAUGUGUGAACGGCCACAAGAUACCCGGGAGGGUCAGAAGCUUCGUUCUGGACUUAGACUGCGGUAUGUCGACCAGAGAAGUUGUAUUUUUGAAAAGGCGUUCUGCGGUGAAGUAUUUUUGAGUUCUCCCUUGUGAACACAGUUGUGUUCCUUCAUACCUUUCUGUUCUUGCGCUGGGGCUAUCCUGCCUUGGUUACUUUCUUUUCCUUUGAUUUCUUAUUAUCUGUGAUUUACUGAACUUCCCUUGGCCAUCAUCUCCCUAAUGUUGUUGGUAUGCUUGGGGAACUGUAAGUAAGAUGAUGGCUGAGCCUGUAGUUAAUGCGAAGAAUGAAUGGAUACCACUCUUGUUU